UUUUUUUUUACCAAAUCAGGGCAACAUUUCGGGAGUUGCAAUACAUUAAUAUGUGGUUUGUCGCCUUAUUUUUCGUUUUAUUGCGUGGGCAGGGUAUAGGCCAGCUCAUUGAUGGGUUUUUCGGUGGUGUUGUCGGUACUGCUGCAUCUGUUGAAAAUGUUGGCCUACUCGGACUAACUCGUGUUGGGAGCAGAAGAGUUGUAGAGAUAUCCAGUGCUUUCAUGAUCUUCUUUUCCAUAUUUGGAAAAUUCGGAGCAUUCUUUGCUUCAAUUCCUUUGCCCAUAUUCGCAGCCAUAUAUUGCAUCUUGUAUGGCAUUGUUGCUGCUGUCGGGGUUUCAUACAUUCAAUUCGCAAAUAACAACUCGAUGCGGAACAUUUAUGUGUUGGGCGUCUCUCUGUUCCUUGGAAUAUCCAUACCGCAAUACUUUGUGAUGAACACAGAUAUUUCCGGUCAUGGCCCUGUCAAAACCCAGGCCGGAUGGUUCAAUGGCAUAUUGAAUACGAUUUUCUCGUCGCCCCCCACUGUGGCAAUGAUCGUCGGGACAAUUCUAGACAACACGCUGGAAGCGAGGAAUACAGUGGAAGACCGAGGUCUACCCUGGUUUGUGCCUUUCCAUAGGAGAAAGGGAGAUAGCAGAAAUGAAGAGUUUUAUAGUUAUCCCAUUAGAUUUGGUGAGUAUAUGCCUACAAGAUUCAUGCGAUAACAACCUCGUACCCAUCCUUGUAUAUUGCAAACUUGUCCAAUUUGUCUCGACUUUUGAAUUGUAUAACAUUUUUGCUGAUUGACUUUGUAAAGUUAUGUUGUCUUUCAAAUGAAUUUUUUCGUUAGCCUAUACCUAGGGUAUUUAGAGACCAAAUAUGUUAUUUUUGGGCGGUUUACUUCUUUUGUGUGAUUUAUAGUUUA